GUCACAAAAAACAACACGAUCUUGUGCCAAAGGAACAUACCCAUUGCGACUUACAAUUACAAAUUUUUUGCAGGCUUUAUUUAUCAAGAAUGACGCAGACGUUGUUGCUGAUGCUGUCGCUGGCGGCGAUGGCGUGGACGCAGGAACAGUUUACGCCGCUUUGUCAAAGACCAUUCCAGUGGAUUCGAGACCGGAACGACUGUGCCCGGUACUGGCGGUGUGUGUGGGGACGCCCGGUAGAGAUGCCACGAUGCCAUCCAGGCACCAUCCUCUCCGCGAGGCUCAACGUCUGCGUCUUCAUCGGCGGCAUCUGGGACGACUGCGGCAGAGGUACCCCAACGGGAACGGUCGCCCCACCCCCGCUUACCGUGGAGGACCGAUGUGCCCGUGGGGAGACUGUGUUUCCGCACCCAGACCACUGUCAGCUGUACUAUAACUGCAGCCAGACAUACGAGCAUGUCCCCCGAUACUUCAAGCAGUAUUUGCGGGAGUGCACCUACCCCCAGCUGUUUGACGUGAGGUCGAGCCGCUGCCAAGACUUCCAGGAGGUCGACUGUGGCACUAGGGAAGAGACCAUCAAUGCUUGCGAUUACCGUCAAAACUGGUGUCCCGUCUCCCACUGCAUCCCCUGCGCUGUCAACCUCCCGCCGUGUCACGGUCGUCCCGACGGACGCAACCCCUUCCCCGGGAGGGAGUGGAGCCCCUGGUACGUGGAGUGCCUCAAGGGACGAACCAUCACCACCGCACAGUGCACAAGGGACAUUAACUUCCGGGUACCUCAGUUCUUCAGUCUGGAGACAAACAAAUGUAUAAACUUGUUCCGCAUCCCCCGAGAACGUGGGGGUCUCAUGCCCUCGUGUGAUGGUCUGUUUGACGGGACCUACCCCGUGGAGGAAAAAAUACCCGGGGUCUCCUUCAUAUGCUCUGGGGGUAGGUUACUGAACCUCAGAUACUGCCCCGACGGGUCAAGCCAGCGACCAGAGCCCAGAACUUGUGUAUACUCGUAGCGAGGACGUCAGGAAUACGUUCAGAACCAGGAUUGUGAUUCCGUCUCCCACCAACCAAUGCAUAAGAAUAACUUCCGUCGUGUUCUCAACAGUCCGUCGUGUUCUCAACAGUCCAUCGUGUUUUCAUCUGCCCGUCAUGUUCUCAGCUGUCCGUCGUCGUCAACGUUGUAAUGGUCUUUUCUGCCGUUCCUGAUGUACUGAGUCCUGUGAAGUCGUAUUUACUUACUGUGAUCGUUAUCUAAGCUUUCUAAACAGAUGCUGAUGACCCCAUCUUUCUUUUGUGUCAAUAUCCAUGGAUUCAGUUUACAGAAUGUUUCUAAUUUUAUUCGUCCACAAAAAUACAUAGUUGUAAACGAGAGAUCAAUAUUAUUGUUUGUGACCAAAUACGUCUUUUAUGUUGUUGCCGACAUUGCGUACUAUAGAUAGGUGGUAAGAAAGAAUUGUUGCGUUUCUUUAUUGUUUCAGUAUAUAUUGGAUAUCGACUGCAUUCGCAAUGUUAGAGGUAACCAGUUGUUUCGUGUAUGUUCAUUUACUGUUGCCCUUCUCGUGAUAAGUGUUCAAAGAUCCGCUUUCAUUUUGAGUUUUUAGUUUAUGUUCAGUGUGUCUUGUUCAGUGUUCAACAGUCACUGAUCUAUAAGUGUCCUCAAUGUAAGAACAGGCUUCAUUUAAAUCGCUUGUUCACUUUUGGUUGUUCACAUAUUCUGUUCAGAUAUUCUGCUCUCAGCAGUGUUUACUUCAGCGUUAACGUCGGUGUGUAGUGUCUACAAUGUCGUGUUCGCAAGGCAGUGUCACGAUAAGUGUUCACGUCAGUAUCAACAGUAAUAUAUCAACUUCCAGUGCAGUGACAGCAUUGGAAGUAGCUGGUAAAGCAGUGUUCUACCCACAAUAUAUUGUUCACAAGUGUUCACUGCCGCGGACAUUGUUGUGUUCACGUCACUGUCCACAAUACACCGUCCACAGUGUAGUGUUCACGUUAGUGCUAAAAGCAGUGUUCACAUUAGUGUCGAAAACGCAGUGUUGUAAUAGAGCCCACGUUUCCGUUCGAAAUGUAAUGUUCACGAUUCAUGUGUCCUUUUCACUGAUCUCUACUUUCAAUUUGUAUAUAGCAUGUAAGUACUAUGAGCACGAUCAAUUAUAUUGUUUACCAGAUAUCAACGGGGUCAGAUGCACACUAUCCCUGCUAACUGGACGCUGCAACUCUUUGGUAUCAAGUUCAAAUGUAUUGUUUUACGCCGCACUCAGCAAUAUUCCAGCUAUAUGGCGGCGGUCUGUAAAUAAUCGAGUCUGGACAAGCAAUCCAGUGAUCAACAUCAUGAGCAUCGAUCUACACAAAUGGGAUACAAUGACAUGUGUCAACCAAGUCGGUGUGCCUGACCACGCGAUCCCGUUUUUCGCCUCUUAUGACAAGAAUGGGUUCCUGGAGAUCAAUUCUAACUGGGAUCGCAACUCUUUAGAGGGAUUGGGGACAAUUUAUUGAAAUAUUUCGAUUUUAAUGUAAUAUUUUAUGCCAUCCGAGACCAUUCGUGUCAUUUCGGGACAUGUCGAAUGGCGGUUACGGAAAGAGGCGAGGUUUGACGAUUUGAUUUGAUACAGAAAAUUGCCCGUCUCCAGUUAAUCGGUUGGUUGAUUCUGAUGAGGAUGAAAUAGAUGUGUACAUAUUUUGUAGAAUAUGUUUCGUGUAACAUAUAUGUACAUAAUGCUUUCAGAUUUAUUUAUUUCAAUAAAAACCUCUUUACAAUGAA